AUGUUCAAUCGAGCAGAGAGAUUAUCCUCACUUGGGAACAAUCACAAUAGUGCUAGCACAAACCAUAAUGUUGGGAGUGUUUUAACGCCCCCAAAGCGGGGAAUGAACACAUCAACCAGUAAUAGUAGUAACCACAACAACACCACCAACAGCAACAACAACUCCAACAACUCCAACAUCAAUCUCAAACAAGAGUUGCUUGAAGAACAAAAACUAGAAAUCAGAGAGGCUUUUCAAUUAUUCGACAUGAAUGGGGAUGGAUCUUUGGACUAUCACGAGACGAAAGUCGCCUUCAAAGCUUUGGGAUUUGAGUUGUCAAAGCGUCAAGUCUUGGAUAUAAUUAGAGAAUACGACACCGACGACACUAAUUUAAUAACGUACGACAAUUUCUACAAAACUGUCGGGGAGAUGAUUUUGAAAAGAGAUCCUUUGGAUGAAAUUCGUCGAGCUUUCAAGUUGUUUGAUAUAGACGGAACCGGCAAGAUAAGUGUGAGGAAUUUGAGAAAGAUUUCAAAGGACUUGGGAGAGAACCUAAGUGACGAGGAGUUACAGGCUAUGAUUGAUGAGUUUGAUCUAGACGAAGAUGGAGAAAGUACGUAUUCAGCGAAGGAAACCUGCACUGAGAAAUAG